UCGAAUCCCCACACAGCUCUCUUCGGCGUACAGCGAUCGCGGCAUUUCAUACUCAUCACCUUCACAAUAACCUCGAUUCUACCACAGAGUUCGAAUCUGAUAUCGCUCCUAUACCGAAACCCUACCAUCCACAAUUUUUUUCCAUACACUCCCUAAACCCACCACCAUGUUGACCAACCGACGAUCAAUGAUGGCGCCCUCCAACCCAACCUCCCACCGCGCCUCCACCUUCUCCCACCGCACCACCUUCACGGAACCCAUCCACGAAACCACCACCGCCCCGCAAAGCAAGACACCCUCCAUCCUGACAUCCACCACCCCCACACUCCCAGGCCACAUUAUAAACCGCGUCCUCGGCACCGUCCACGGCAUCACCACCUGCGCGCGCAAAGACACAAAGUCGUUUCUCAAAUCCGUGGGUGUCGGCAACGAAGCGAAGAGCCUGACGCACAUGCUGUAUCAGGCGCGGGACCAGGCGAUUGAGCGGAUGGUGAGGGAUUGCGUGGCGCGGGGUGGGAAUGCGGUUGUGGGGGUUGGGUUUAAUGAGAGUGAGGUGCUUGGGUUUGUGCAGGUGAGCUGUUAUGGGACGGCGGUGUUUGUGGAGAAGGAGGAGGGUGGUUUUGGGUAUAAGUGAGAGGUAUGGAGAAGGUGGUGCAAGGAAGCGAUUUUUUGAAGAGACGCAAGAGUCCAAUGGGG